UGCCAGGUGGUCUGCUAGUAUAGGUUUCACAGCAGCCGUCUUCUGACAGGAAUUCAUGCAUGAUGGCUCACUUAAGGUUUCUGAUGCUGGUGGUAAUGAACGCCAGCUUGACGCUGGCCUAUCAGAUGUUCAUGAAGAGGCUGCCAAAUGCUGACCAGGUACCCCAUCCCUGUAAACUCCACCACACAUGGCCAGGGGUGGGACACAGGAAUCCCAAGGGAACGGGGCAGAGAAAUCAGUUUGGUUUGGACUUUUUUGCUGCCGGUCAGAGAUGGACUCGAGCCUUCUGUGAGAUGGAUUCCGAUGAUGACGGAAGGACAAACGGCGAGGAACUCGGAGAUCCCGGAUGUGUGUGGAAGGAAGGAGACAUACCCGACGUCACUUCCGGGAUAACACACCCAGGAAUAUGCGAUCCUUGGGGAGGCCAAGAAUGUAGUGCAGACAAUGGCUGGGUGUCGUGUGAGACUGAGGAAUUCAACUGCAGUGCAACUUCAGAGCCAGAAGUUCAAAUGAGAACAUUAAGAUUCCCUCGAAUGAAGGUUCCCAGUACGGAGACGAACUAUUUCUGCCAGACCUUUGACCUACCGGCUGACCGAGAUUAUCAUCUCAUAGCGACUGAGCCUGUAAUCGACAACAUCCAUGUGAUGCACCACAUCCGACUGAUGGGCUGUAGGGAUGAGGUGCCUAAGAUCCACCAUCCUCGCCAAUGCUAUAUGGCGGAGCGGGGUUGCAAUGACGUCAUUGGUUUGUGGACAGUGGGCCUGGCUGGUCAGUGCCUGUACAAGGAGGCUGGUUUCAGGCUCGGUACUUCCGGCUACAAGAAGGUGCUACUGGAGCUGCACUGGAACAACCAGAUGCGCGACGACUACCACGACGCGUCGGGGUUAAAGAUCUUCUACACACCACGACUACGCCAAUACGAUGCAGGAAUUCUGUGGACGGGUCAGGAACGUCUGAUGUUACCACCAGGGCAGUCGAAAAUAGUUGUUCAGUCAACUUGCCCGUCUGAGUGUACAAAACGCCGUUUUUCCAGGCCUAUAUACAUCACUAACUCUCUCAACCAUAUGCAUUACAUGGGAAUCUCUGAGAGCGUUGAACACCUGCGGGAGGGGAAGAGAUUACAGUACCUGACAAAUGAAGCCUACUACACCUACGACAACCCCGUAAUUAACACUUUUGAUCCUCCUCUGGAGGUUCGACCGGGGGACGUCUUCAAGACCACCUGCGUGUAUCGCACCCUCUCCCGUCGGGUCACGACGGUUUGGGGCGAGGGGACGAAUGACGAAAUGUGUUACUCCUUGCUAAUGUUCUAUCCAAAAUCUGCCGUCUCUAACAUCUACUGCGACGGCUGGGGCGACUACAACUCUUGCAUGGUGGACGACGACGGAUUUUACCGUGGCUGUCAUGUUCAAAGUUUCAAGAAUCUAACACAUCCAGCAACACAGAAGAUUUUCCACAAGAUACUGAAACACUGUGACUUCAAACAUGGCGAAUGUCUACCAGAGUGCCCGGAUGUUGUCACGGAAGUAAGGAAGCAUCCAUGUUUGCAAGGAGACCUAGGUGACAAAAUGUUGCAGGAAGUUACUGAAGACGGCAGUGCGAGGGGCAUGAGAUGA